UCGUGACCGAAGCAGUUGUUCUUGUUCUGUUCGCUCAGCUGGAGAACCUCAUGCUGGAUAAAGACGGACAUAUUAAGAUCACAGACUUCGGUCUCUGUAAGGAGGGGAUCACCGACGAGGCCACCAUGAGAACGUUCUGUGGAACCCCAGAAUACCUUGCUCCAGAGGUGCUGGAGGACAAUGACUACGGCCGAGCGGUGGACUGGUGGGGUCUGGGGGUGGUCAUGUAUGAGAUGAUGUGUGGACGCCUGCCCUUCUACAACCAGGACCACGAGCGGCUCUUCGAGCUCAUCGUGAUGGAGGAGAUCCGCUUCCCCAAGAACCUCUCGCCCGAAGCCAAAGCCCUGCUGACCGGCCUGCUGAGGAAAGACCCCAAGCAGAGGCUGGGGGGCGGAGCCGAAGACGCCAGAGAAGUGAUGGGGCACAAGUUCUUCUUCUGCGUUCACUGGGAGGACGUGCUGCAGAAAAAGCUGGUGCCUCUCUUUAAACCUCAGGUGACGUCGGAGACGGACCGCGCUUACGACGACGAGUUCACGGCACAGAGCAUCACUGUGACUCCACCGGACAAGCCGAGCCGCCGGGACGUGGAGGACUCUGGGCCGGUCGCUCACUUUCCUCAGUUCUCUUACUCCGCCAGCGUACGAGAGUGACUCCGUCCCAUAAUGCAUCUGGAUGGACUGAAGUCACGCGUGUCUCAGAUGAAUGUAUUGAUUAGCGGUGCUCAGAAUGUAAAGCCAGGCACGCUGCUGUGGUUCCUCUUAAUCACCGGAGGAAGACGAGCAGCGCGUCAUUUUAAGUCCGUUUCUGUCACGAGGUCACAGACAAACACUAAGUGUCACGAUCACAAUCACAAACAUUAAAGACUUUCAUCCUGUCCCUCA